UAUGAUAUCCACGGAGGUGUCAUAGAAAACUGUUGCCUGUAUUUCUAGCUACGCUGGGGUGCUGUGUGAAUUGCUUGGCAGCCCUACUGAAGGGGUGUUUACUUGGCUUUGAAAUCUCAUAAGUGCUGUAUCCACUAGAGCAUCAUCACUAGUAAGAUUUUUUUCGGUGAGUGAACCUUUCUUCAUUCAGGUGAGGAGUUUCAAUUCUUCUGGAUCUUUGUCCCAGUCUAGAUAUUUCCAAGGAGUAGCAAUAGUUUCUGCUUCUGAAAACCUUGGACUAUGCUUCCUCCAGUCUAGGGGGUAAUUGGUGCUUGUAUCAAAAUCAGACAUGAUGCUGCAGUGAAGGGUUUUGCUGUGUGAAAUUCUCCUUUCCAUUGACGACCUGAUUUUGCUGAUCUCUUAUGGUUCUACGAAAGGUACAUAAUUUCUGUCAGCUAUGUCUUUGAGUGUUUGAAAAGAAAGUAUUUCUUUUCAGCUGUUCUUUGAGGGUCAGUUGGAGAUGUGCCAGUAAGUAUCUGCUUAUAUCCUCUGUUGUGGAUGGCUUACCUUGGUAGUUUGUGGGACUUUUUUAUUUUUUGGUUAUUUUUUUAAAUGUCUCUUAUCUUUUGCCCAAAUGCUAGAAGUGGAAAUUACAAAUAGCUUUUGCAUGGCUCAUGAUCCAACACUUGUUAGCUUCUGUUUCUGACCCUCAAAGCAAUUACAUUCCUUAAAAGUUCCUUUCCUUAAAAGUUAAAUUCCUUUUGGUUUUCAAUCCAUAAUUCUUCCUGACUGCUAUCUUUACAUGUUGCCUAAUCCUCAGACUUCUGCACCGGACAAACUCCCUCUGUGGUUGUAGGGGGGAUCUCUGGCAUUAAGACUACUCAAUUAGGCAGCACUCUGUAAGCAAACACAUGACGCUGCUCCCUUUUGUAACAAGACUCACAAAGCAACGAUCUCUCUUGGAUUCUCACGUCUUUCUUGGCUCGUGUGCAUAGACCAGUUGUGAGUUUGUAAUUGUCUAGUGAUGGAGUUUAGAGAUGCUGAAUUCUGUAAUUUAAUGACUGCAUAUUAUUGACUAUGAAAGGGCUGCUCCACGAAAGUCAGCCUGUCUAGAGACCAGCUGGCUGCAGCUGUAAAACUCCUGUCGUGCUCUGAAAAUAACUUUUACAGUGAGAACCCUAGCUUUAGUCGCUAAAAAUAUGUUCAGCGGCAAAGCUAGCUGGAGGUUAUACAAUUCAACAACUUCAUUUUAAGCAUUUUGAGAUGUGAGUUUACAGCUGUCCAGACUUGUGGCCAUCACUGGAGUAACACCAGGAUGAAGCUGGCCCACGGUUCCUAGGACUUUGAAGAUAAGCUAACAGAGAAAGAAAAUUGAUUCUCACCCAUCACAAGCCGAUCAUAGUCUUUCAACAGAACAUUUACACAACCUUCAAAGACUGCUGUGAACCCUACACAACAGCAGGUACUUGUUUUCAGUACCUCUAAGUGUGUGGGCAACAUUUAGCAUGCAGGUAAAAUGCUAACCUCUUAAGGAGAAUUUGUAGCAAAAUUCAGCAGCUUGCUGGAAAUAUUCUCAUUGGUUUUGUCAAAAUCUUUAAUGAAAGCGAAGUGUCUUCUUAUAAACACUUUCCCUAUUAUAAAUGACUGCUCUUCCAGAUUUUUACUCUGCCUCUUGGAUGUUCCUGUCGAGGCCUGGACCUCUUUUGUCUGAACACAUGCUCUUCCUGCAAGAGGGUGCCUGUCAUGGACACGCUUUGUCUCACUGUGUUAGCCACUCUCCUGAAGUUUUAAAGUGUUUAUCUUACACAGCUGAAAGUCUCCUCCUGUUUCAUGAGCUCUACAUUGGAAUGCAGUGGAAGAGACCCAGGGCCUGUGGCCACCCAGAUCAGAGGUUUUUGUAAUAAGGUCCCUAUAUGGUUUUGUUAGAGACUUCAGCUCUGUCUCUGUCUGUCUCUGCUCCUUGUUUGGGAGGCUGGUGGGAGGAGAAGAGCUGAAGGGGCUAUAUAAUCUCUGUGCUUUCAGAUACACAGAGCACCAUCCCAGGGCCGCUAUCCCCAGCCAAGCACUGUCAGGGGCUGUUCCUGUCUGAAGGUCCUGAGGACAUUGACAUAGAAGAUGUGUGAGGAAGAGGACAGCACUGCCCUUGUUUGUGACAAUGGGUCAGGGCUCUGUAAAGCCGGCUUUGCUGGAGAUGAUGCUCCGAGAGCAGUUUUCCCCUCCAUCGUGGGUCGUCCCAGGCACCAGGGUGUGAUGGUUGGUAUGGGUCAAAAAGACAGCUACGUAGGUGACGAGGCCCAAAGCAAAAGAGGAAUCCUGACCUUGAAAUACCCCAUAGAGCAUGGCAUCAUUACAAACUGGGAUGACAUGGAGAAGAUCUGGCAUCAUUCUUUCUACAAUGAACUCCGUGUUGCACCGGAAGAACACCCAACUCUGCUGACCGAAGCACCAUUGAAUCCCAAAGCCAAUCGAGAGAAAAUGACCCAGAUUAUGUUUGAGACUUUCAACGUGCCAGCCAUGUAUGUAGCUAUUCAAGCUGUUCUGUCCCUGUAUGCUUCUGGACGUACCACAGGUAGGCCUCUGGGGAUGGUGGCACAGGCAUAUGAAAUAGAUAAGCAUUUUGGUGUGCAGCUGAGAAUGAACUGUGCAUGUUGCCUUCUCAAAGGGAUUGUGCUCGACUCUGGGGACGGUGUCACCCACAAUGUGCCCAUUUAUGAAGGCUACGCUUUGCCGCACGCCAUCAUGCGUCUGGACCUGGCUGGCCGUGACCUGACUGACUACCUCAUGAAAAUCCUGACAGAACGUGGCUAUUCCUUUGUGACCACUGCGGAGCGUGAAAUUGUCCGUGACAUCAAGGAGAAGCUGUGUUAUGUGGCCCUGGACUUUGAAAAUGAGAUGGCCACUGCUGCCUCUUCCUCCUCUCUGGAAAAAAGCUACGAACUUCCUGAUGGUCAGGUGAUCACCAUCGGAAACGAACGCUUCCGCUGCCCAGAGACCCUCUUCCAGCCAUCUUUCAUUGGCAUGGAGUCUGCUGGCAUUCAUGAAACCACUUACAACAGCAUCAUGAAGUGUGACAUAGACAUCAGAAAGGAUCUUUAUGCCAACAAUGUGCUGUCUGGAGGCACUACAAUGUACCCAGGCAUUGCAGACAGGAUGCAAAAGGAAAUAACUGCUCUGGCUCCCAGCACCAUGAAGAUCAAGAUCAUUGCUCCUCCUGAACGUAAGUACUCCGUCUGGAUUGGAGGCUCUAUUCUUGCCUCCCUCUCUACUUUCCAGCAGAUGUGGAUCAGCAAACAGGAAUAUGAUGAAGCUGGCCCAUCCAUUGUUCACCGCAAAUGCUUUUAAAUUGCUUUAUCUUUAUGUGUCUUUUUAGCGUAUUACUGUGAAUGUAUUCAGGAAAAUACAUUCUUAUAAUUUCAUUCCAUAAAUCCUUCAUCAUGACUGAUUAAUUGGAUACUAUGUAUUUUUUGGAAUAAAUUUUAAAUAUGCAAA